AUGGCGGUGAUAAUCGCUACUCUGCGCGCAAACACUAGGUUUGUCGGUUCGAAGCGCGUGAACCAGUACCCUCCACUCAAUCAUCGACUUCCUCGCGGGUUCCAUUCGUCAACCUGUAGAAAUCAUCUCCAUGAGGACACGGGGUCUGACCCACGGCUGGAAGGGCUGGGAAAAGUUAUUCAGGAUGAAUAUGCGGUGAUUCGAGAAGACUAUGAUACUCCAAAGCACGCCAUUGUCCUGGCCCAUGGGCUUCUUGGGUUUGACGAAUUGCGCCUUGCUGGCCCUUACUUUCCUGGUGUGCAAUAUUGGCGCGGUAUUAAAGAGGCGUUGUCGGUGAAGGGUAUUGAAGUCAUCACCGCUACAGUACCUCCUUCAGGAUCCGUCGAAGCACGUGCUGAGGAGCUAGCAAAGGACAUUGCUGCUGGUGCUCAAGGAAAGGCUGUUAAUAUUAUUGCCGGGCUUGAUUCACGAUAUAUGAUCAGUCGUCUGCAACCGAAUGAUUUUAAAGUUCUGUCUCUGACGACUAUUGCAACUCCUCACAGAGGCUCGGCAGUUGCAGACUACAUUCUAAAGCAGAUUGGCGAUGAGCGUCUUGCUCAGGUAUAUUACGCUCUCGAACAAAUAAAGUUUGAGACCGGUGCUUUCUCUCAGCUAACACGGGAUUACAUGGAAAAGACGUUCAAUCCUACCACUCCUGAUGUUGAAGACGUCCGAUACUUUUCUUAUGGGGCGUCCAUGCAGCCAAGCUUUUGGUCCAUAUUCCGCCUAUCCCAUAGGUACCUUGAGCAGGUCGAAGGCCAUAAUGACGGACUAGUGAGCGUUGCCAGUAGCAGGUGGGGAGGGGAAGAUGGCUACAAGGGAACCCUCAUGGGCGUGAACCACUUGGACCUGAUUAAUUGGACUAACAGAUUGAAGUGGCUGGCUGGCGAGAUCACGGGAAACAGGCGAAGGUUCAAUGCUAUCGCGUUCUACCUUGCCAUUGCAGACAUGCUUGCUAAGGAGGGUCUCUAA